AUUCAGAUUAAUUAUUGAAAAAGAAGAAGAAGAAGAUGCCAGACGAAAAAAGUACUCCGGUUUCUAACUGCAAAUACUGUAAAAAUAAUGUAGCAAAUGCAAUAGCAAAGUGUGAAAUAUGUGAGUCAGUGUACCAUACAUCUUGUGCAUUGAGAAUUCCGGGAUUAGUAGCCGUGGGCAAAAAUAAUCUCGUAAAAUGUUGUGUCAAAGUAAGUGAGGUUAAGUCACCACUUGUUGAAAAUGAUCUAGAUAUCAUUAAGGAAAUAAUCCGAGCUAAGGAGGAGAUUAUUAAAAGUAAGGAUGAAAUAAUAACUGAGAUUAAAGCGAAAGAACUUUUGUUAUAUCAAAAUAUUAAACUACUAGAAGAGAAAGUAGCACAAAGGGGGCAAAAACUUGGCAACACCGCUGGACCCAUAAUGCAACACGUAAAGCAGGUUGACCAACCAACUAACAACACUACAAUUGACAAUCAAAGCAAAACAGCUGUUAUUACGAAAACAAAACAGAAUGUUUCGAAUAAAGAAAUGAAUUUGGGUGUACUCCAAGCCCAAACUGCAAGUAAAAUGAAGGAAAUAAUAAAUUUAGGAACCCCCGACUCAGAUCACAACCCUGAGUCGCGGCAACCAGCCAAAACCGACAAUGGAGCUGAUUGGAAAUUGGUUAAACAUAAAAGAAGGUAUCUAGUGGGCAAAAGUGAUCUGAGUGCUGGAGUUACCACAGUACCUAAACUGACAUCAUUACAUGUUACCAGACUUGCACCAGGAACUCAGGCUGAAACACUGAAAGAAUUUUUAAAGCAGAAAUUUCCCGAUGUACAAUGUGAGGAGCAUUCAUCAAAACAUCCCGAAAGUUACGCAUCUAUGAAAGUAACUAUCAGGCAGGAACAACUCAAGGACGCGUGGAAAAGGGAGUCCUGGCCUAAUGGAGCCUUUGUCUCCCGGUUUUUUCACAAAAAGAGGAUGGUGUCAGCACAGGCAGAUCCAACGAAAGAAGCUUAAUCAGAAAUGGUCCCAAGAAAGAACUUAGUAUAUACUACCAGAAUGUGCGAGGUCUACGUACAAAAACCCAUGACUUCUAUAAAAACAUUUUAGCAGAAGAUUAUGAUAUAAUAGCCAUCACUGAAUCUUGGUUAACCGAAGGUAUCAGAGAUGCAGAACUAUUUGAUAACAGGUAUAAUCUUGCCAGACGUGACAGACAAGGGGAUAGAUUAAGAGGUGGAGGACUGAUUAUUGCAGCCAAAAAACAUAUCUCAAUGGAAACUGUAAAUUUUGUAUGUGAUAGCGAUAUAGAGUGCCUAGUUGUUAAAGUUAAGUAUAAAAAAGAAAAUUUUCUUUGUUGUUGUGUGUACAUACCACCUUGUGUGGCUUAUACUCACUUUGUUAAUUUUUAUGAUAGUUUGGAGCAAAUUCUGCUAGAAAACAUUAAAUGUAUAAUAUUAGGA